AUGAAAGAAGAUUUGAAUCAAACAAGCUAUGUUAUCGUGGAAACUGCAAUGCUUAAUCAACAAAUGAUGGAAAAUCAAAUGAUUACAUUCAAAAUCACAAAUCCAAGAACGCAAGAAAGCGCUUAUGCCGUAGAGCGAGAGUUCACUGCAGAUCAAGGCACUGUAAUAGUUCCAUAUUGGAUCAUGGCGAAGAUCGGUGUCGAUGAGGGAGACACAGUACAGAUUUCAACUGUCGAAUUACCAGCAGCAACGCGAACAGUAUUACAACCAAAAACCAAACAAUUCGCAGAAAACAUCAAAGAACCACGAAUUGUUCUCGAGCGCGAACUCCGAAAUUAUCCAUGUUUAACUCAAGGCUCCACAAUCGAAAUUACAUUUGCAAAUGUUGUCUACCCGCUUUACGUACUCAAAACAGAGCCAUUACCUGCAGUAAGAUGCAGAGAUGUCGAUAUGAUUGUAGAUUUUGCUCCAUUAAUUGAAGAAUUCCAACAUCAUUGGAACGAACCAGAUACAGACUCCAGCGAAGAUUCAGUCGAAGAAUUAUACUAUCACACAACAGAUAGAGGAAGACAGAGAGCAUACAGACACUCAACUUUGGCGUCGAGAGAGAAAGAUCUGAAGGAGGGAAGGAAGUACGUGGGAGUGAGAGAGUUCAAGGAAGGACAGGAAAUUCUUCCUCCUGUGGCGAAAGAACCAGAAAGAAAACACAAAAUUAAAGGAAAGUGGAGAAACUUGAAAAAUGAAAGCGGAGAGAUAAAACAGAGACAUUAUGAUAAUGGUGCAGAACUGUUACAACAGAAACCUCCUUCAAAUAGUCCCUUCAAAGGAACACCUCAUCAUAUUUAA